CCGUACUCGCAUUCUCGGCAAGUACGUACUCCCGUGCGGAGAACGCGAGAACUCGCGUACUUGAGAAUUGAGAAAGGGCCAUGGUCUGCAGGUCCGCCUCACCGUGUGAGCUAAGCAGCUAUGCUUCAAAUAAAAAAUCGUAUGAGGUACAGCUCGCUGGGCAUCACUGCAGCGCGCCUGUUUUCUCCCGGCCCCGUCGAGAACCCGGUAGUAUUUUUGGACAUCGAUGCUGACAGCGAUCCUCUGGGGAGAAUAAUCAUUGAGCUGAAUGCAGAUGUGGUGCCAAAGACUGCAGAAAACUUCAGGGCUCUGUGCACCGGGGAGCAUGGCUUUGGAUACAAGGGAUCUGUGUUUCACAGGGUCAUCCCCGAGUUCAUGUGUCAGGGAGGAGAUUUCACCAACCACAACGGUACAGGAGGGAAAUCUAUUUAUGGGAAAACGUUUAAAGAUGAAAACUUCAAGUUAAAGCACACUGGUCCAGGAACGCUUUCAAUGGCAAAUUCGGGCCCGAACACCAACGGCUCGCAGUUCUUCAUCUGCACAACGAAAACCGAGUGGCUUGAUGGUAAACACGUGGUGUUCGGUCAGGUGAAGGAUGGGAUGGAUGUGGUCUCCAAGAUGGAAUCCUUUGGUUUACAUGACGGCGGUGUGAUCAAAAAAAUUGUCGUCACAGACUGCGGGGAGAUCAAAUGACGCCCGAGCGCACUCACAGGCUUCUGCUGGAUGAGUCAGUGUGCAGCAAUCUAGUAUUUACUCUCUCCUGGCUCGUGUGUUCGUGACACGCUGAAGGCGGGGCUGUCGCAGGUGAUCAGCUUUUACUCAAAUCUGCGCUUUUUAACUCCUGGUUUUGAGGUUGAGCAAAGCCAGAGGUUUCUAACGCUCAGACAGACCUUUUUACUCUCUAAAAUUUUUACUCGACUGAUCUAAAUUGUAUGCAAGCAUGUAAAACAAUUGUGUGGUGACUCAUUCCCCAAUAACUGCCAAAUAAAUGACCGAUUUUUUUCGACUUUACCAGCUCUGGUCUUACUGCAAGACAUUUGCUCUGAUGUGCCACAAAUCCUGCUGCUUUUAAAGCUUCCCGGAAACGAUCCGGCCUGCUUUUUUUAGACAUGGGCUCCAGCGCGACUGACUUCCUGUCCAUCAAGAGCAGGAUGUGACAUCAUGUGACAUUCCACCUACACUGCAGCUGAAGCAUCACAUGUAUGCACGAUGGGCAUGUGAGCUGGAGCUUCUUAGGGUGAAGUCGUUUUAGGACCUGAAAUUGCUUUUUUAUGGAGACGCAGGGCGUCUUGAAGAGGGAGAGACAUGUCUGAAAGCCAGAGACUGGGUGGUGCUGCUUAUCGAGCUAAUACUUUAUAAAAGUAAAUAAUGAAGAAGAAAAAGGCAGCUCUUGCCCCUAAAUGAAACCAUAUGUGCGCUGACCUUCCUCCGUUUGUUUGAAUUCUCAGAUUACAUUGUUGCCAUAGAGAUUUUUCGGCUCUCGCUCUGUUUGAGCUGGAGAUGUUGUAACAAACUUGAUAUAAUUUGGGUCCCCACCCUCGGGUUUAGUUUUAGUUAUUUGGAAUGCAUGUCCAAUACUGUGUAUGGAAACUUGGCUCCGGAGACGACUGUGCCAUUUCUUUUUACCACACAUGCAAAACAAUGACAUCUUUACAGCUGGCGCAUGCUGCUCCUUCUCUAAGUGUCUGCGUUAUCACACAAAGUCAGUGGGCAUCUUUUUGGGGGGUUUUCCUGUCCACAAGUGUUGGGAAAUGGGAAAUGGGGGUGCGUCCUGGCCGGUUUACAUGUCUGUUAUCUUUCAGCACUUUCAUGGCAAGUGGAAAAAAAAUGUUUUCCAAGUCUCGCUCUUCUGCGUUACACAACCACCAUGAAUAAUCCAUUAAAAACCCCUUUAUCGUAAUCUAUACGCUCAGUGUUGCGUAACCCUCGCACUCAAGAACGAUGGCAAAAACACCGCCUCGACAAUAACGAGAGGAGCACUCACAAAAACAACGUGUUGCUUUUGGCUGCAAUCAGACACCAGAACGAACACCUCCCAGUUAACAUAAAUUCGGCACAGGACCCGAAAACAAAUGAAAACUGCGCAACCCGGGCGGCUUUAAUUCAAUGUGACUUUUAUUCAUCAAACUCUGAACAGCACUAAAAUGUUUUCCCAACUAACAAAUAAGGCACAUUUUGGAAUGCCGUUUUCAUGGACAUGAAAAACAGACCUGUGGUCGACUCUCGAGCCCACGACUGUCCUUGCUUCCCAUAAUCAUUGUCCUUCCUGACCGCACGCCUGCGUUCUGUCCAAAUCAAAUAUUACAUUAUUGCAAUACUGCAUGACAAACAUCUCAAGUGAUACAGACAGUAAAGAAUACAAACGAGACUCUCCGACUCGACCACUUAAGUGUUAACACGUUACAUUCAGUAAAUAUGUAUUAUCUGCAGAGGCUACAUUUGCGGUAAAUGAGGACUAAUAACAAUCAGACGUUGCUGAUAAUGUUAAAAACAAUAUUUACUUUAGCAAACUACUGUAAGGUAUUUAAAUAGGUAUACAUUGCACAAAAAAGGGGAUAUUUCAUUCAAAACCAAAACACAUGCACAUGCAAACUCUAAAAUAGUUCUUUGUCACACACGCUUCCUUGACAGAAGUAUACACUCGCUACACUACUAAUAUAACAUUUUAUAAUAGUUUCUUGUCAUCGCUGCUUUAACCAAACUACAUCUCACAGUUUAAUGCGUUUAUACAGUGGUGAGUAUCCGUCACUAAUUAAGAAAAACAGACUUUUCUGCAUGUUAACACAUUAUAUUUUCAUAAUAUCGUUUACAAAAUGAAUACACGUGGCUGUAUGGAUGCAUAUGGCAGCUCAUAAUUAGUCACAUAGCAACUGAAUAAUGGGUUAUUCAACACUGAUAACAUCAAUAAAUCAAAAACACACACACAGGAAAAAAAAAUACAAUGGCUUAUAAUUGAGAAAGGUUAUUAAUUAUGUACCAGCUUUUUUUUCUUUUUAAUAAUAUUCUAUGUAGACAUCAAUAUUUCCUUCUUAGUGUAACUUUGUUGCAUAUUCUAUACAAAAAGUGUUGUAAAAAGUCUUUCCAUAAAUAUUUCUGCAGGAUAACCCUUCAGAUUAUUGUAAAACAUAAAGAAGAAGAAGAAAAAAAAAACAACAACUCCCAGCUUUGAUUAUUUCUCAGCAAUAGGCCCUUCUUCACGCCGGAAAGAGAAAAAGCUUUGAUAUUGCUUCAACACUUCAAAAGAGCUACUAUCAUUGAAAACGAUGGCCAUCAAAUAUAUACAUAAAACAGUCGAUCUUUGUCAGGGAAAUAACUCUUGAUUUUUUGCAGAUUGCUUUAAAAUUUUCAACAUCUAUUAAGAGUUCCAAAAUACACAUCUCAUUCAUAGAAAAUAACAAUUUUGAACUGAAAA